CCUGUGUCCGUGGGUCUUCAUAACUACAAACAGCUCAGCUGUUUGAUGGCAAAGGGAACUGCUACAAAGUCUUCAGCUGUUGACAGACUUGACUUGCUGAGAACGCAGGAUAAAUAUAACUCAGGGGAGCUGAUUCUUACAUAGCCACAACUGCCUGAGUAUCCGAGAGCGGAACGUAUUAGCAUUGGCAGACACAGCAGUGAGACUUUGCACAGGAGAGCAGCACAUUUUAUGCUCCAAACUCUGGCAGUGUGAAAGCGGGAGUCUGCGUGAACCUUUUAUGGUAGUCAGCUUUAUCUGAGCAAAGAAAUACGCUCUCCUCUCUUCUCCACUACUUCCUGUAUGAUCUCAGCAGAUGGACUAAGAGGAACGAGCAACUCAUCUUCACUGGUUCUAUACUGUGGGGGAUGUUCGGCCAAACCAACUGUGGAACAACGACAUUUCUCUCCACUGAGCCUUCCUACCCCGUUCUUGCCUCGAUAACUCCAGUUUCAGGUCGGGAUGAGAUCCCGCAGCAGUGGUGGCGAAUCCCCAUCCCGCGGUCACACUUCCUGCAAUAACAGCCAUGAGGAUGAGAAAGGCAGCAAAAAGAAGAACAAAACCCAACAGCAAAGUAAUGGAGAAAAGACGUUGGUGUUGACAGGUCCUGCAAAGAAACCGCAGAAGCCUUUGGAAGAAGGUGAACGAAGAAAGAAGUUGCUGGAACUCUCCAAGGAUGAUCUUCUGCGCUUACUCAGUGUAAUGGAAGGAGAAAUAGAGGCCCGGGAGGAUGUCAUUCUGCUGCUGAAGUCAGAUAAUAUUAAGCCGGAGUCCCUUGAAGCUUAUUAUGGCCUGGCCGUUCCUGAGAAGAUUUUGCGGACUUUAUCCAGAGAUGCCAGUCACUUCCAGGAGAAGUCUCCGGGGGAGGAUGUAUAUGAGAAGCCCAUGGCAGAGUUGGAGAUGUUGGUGGCGAAGCACAGGGAAACGUACCGGCGAAUGCUGGAGCAGCUGCUCCUGGCUGAGAAGUGCCACCGGCAAACCGUGUACGAGCUGGAGAAUGAGAAGCACAAGCACACCGACUACAUGAACAAGAGUGACGAAUUCACUAACCUCCUGGAGCAGGAUCGAGAGAGGUUGAAGAAACUGCUGGAACAAGAAAAGUGCUACCAAGCUCAAAAGGAGAAGGAGAACAACAGACGGUUAGGCCGGGUGCGAGAGGAGCUGGUGAAGCUGAAGUCAUUUGCACUCAUGCUGGUGGAUGAGAGGCAGAUUCACAUUGAGCAGCUCGGCCAACAAGCCCACAAAGUGCAGGAGCUCGGACAGAAGCUCCGGGAGGAGGAAGAGAAGGUGCGAAGCAGUGAAGAGAGGGCCAGGGAGGAGGCGCAGAAGGUCUUUCGACUGGAGGCGGAACUCGAACACACAUCUGCCAAGUCCGUGCAGGACCUCGACGAGAUGACGACUAAACUAGCUGAUCAGGAGUGUCAGAACCGCCAGUUGCGCCAGAAGCUACCUGCUCUAGUCCACCGGGUUGAGGAGUUGGAGGAAGCCAACAGGGGUCUCCAAAAGGCUGAGGAAGAAUUGCAGGAGCUGCGGGAUAAAAUCAGGCGGGGGGAGUGCGGCAACUCAAGCCUCAUGACCGAGGUGGAGAGCCUACGCAAGCGGCUGCUGGAGAUGGAGGGGAAAGACGAGGAGAUCACCAAGGCGGAGGACCAGGGCAGGGAGCUGAAGAAGAAACUGCAGCAAGAAGAGGUCCAUAGCAGCAGCUUGAAGCUGGAGGUGGAGAAAUUGCAGAAGAGGAUGGUGGAGCUGGAGAAGCUGGAAGGUGCUUUUAACAAGAGCAAAUCCGAAUGCUCCCAAUUGCACGUCAGCCUGGAUAAAGAGAAGGCUCUAAGCAAGGAUCUCUUCAAUGAAUUGGAAACGGUGAAAGCUCAUGUGAAAGACCUGGAAUCUUCAGAGGCAAGGCUGGGAAAGAGCGAAUUCAGCUUGAAAGACGAUCUGACAAAGCUGAAAUCCUUCACGGUGAUGCUGGUGGACCAGAGGAGAGGAGUGGCCGAGAAGCUGAGUCAGGAAGAACAGAAAGUCAACGACCUCAACCAUAAGCUCAAAGAGGAACAAAGCAAAACCACGGAGGUGACUGAGAAGCUGAUUGAAGAGAGCAAGAAGCUUCUGAAAUUGAAGUCGGAGAUGGAAGAGAGGGUGUCCACCUUGCUGGGCGAGAGGCAGGAACUGGUGAUGAAGCUCAAGGGUGAAGAGCAGAGAUCCAUCAAGCUGGAUGUACAGAUGGGCCUGUUGAAGAAGAGGCUUGAGCGAGUGGAAGAGGUUGAGAGCGAGUGUCCUGAGGAAGCCCAGCUGGACGGUCCCAAAAUGAAGGAGCUGGCGCUGGAAGUGGAGCGUUUGAGGUCCCGGCUUCAGCAGCUGGAGGUAGUGGAGGGCGACCUGCUGAAGACCGAGGAUGAAUAUGACCAGCUGGAGCAGAGGUUCAGGAGCGAGCGGGACAAGGCCAACCUGCUGAGCCAGCAGCUAGAUGAGACGAGGGAGCAGGUGGAGCAAGGCGAGGCUGAGUCCCGCAGCCGGCUGCGCUUGGAGGAAGGCCGCAGCCGGGAACUGGUGGCUGAGGUACGGGCCCUGAAGGAAAAGAUCCAGGAGCUCAUGGAGAAAGAGGACCAGUUGUCCCAGCUGCAGGCUGACUACGUCAGACUGAGGAAGAGGUUCCAGCAGGAGGAAGGCCGCAACCAAGACCUUGGCUUGGAAGUAGCCGGCAUGGCCCGGGAACUGGAGCUGUCCAAGCGUUGCAGCCGGGCGCUGAGGCCCAGCAUGGAUGGCCGGCGGAUGGUGGAGGUGCCGCUGACCUCCACGGCCGUGCAGACGGAUGGAGGGAUGGCGGCAGAGCAGGACAAUGCGGCCGUCUUCAUUCGUCAGUCGGUGCAGGAGGAGAACCACCUGAUGAGCCACCUCCGGCAGGAGGGUGUCCUGAAGCGGCCCCCGGCUGUGCUGGAGCGUUACCCACCGGCUGCCGGUGAACUGGGAAGCCCGCGGCGCUCCUGGAUCCCGUGGGCCAAGAGGAGGGAGGGAGGCACGGUCUCUGACUCGCCGCUGGUGGUGUCCGGUAAACAAGGGCAGCCGCUCCGCAUCCGUGUCACCCCCGACCAGGCUGGCGGAGGCACGGCCACGCUGGAGAUCAGCAGCCCGGCGGCUGACGAGUUUGUGCCCACCCUGGGCACUCAGCAACCCCGCAUCACCAUCAUCCCCACCUCCAAGACCUCACCCGAACCCGUCACCCUCACCACCUUCUCUGGGCUCGGCACUCCGCCCGCCCGGCCCAAGCCUUGGUCUCAGGGCCCACCGGACGCUUGUUCAUCCCCCAUCCAGAUAGUCACGGUGAGUGCGGUGAGUGGCUCUGAUGCGCAGGAGCUUGCGGCUCGGGCCGUGUUCAGGGUGAGCCCGGACAAGCUGCAGGGAGUCGGGGCCGGAGCCGGGUCAGGCAUGGCCGGCCGGCGCUACAGCCCCAACAUCAUCACCACCACCGAGGACAACAAGAUCCACAUCCACCUGGGUUCUCUGUACAAGCGACCCGCCGAGCCCCUCAUCACCAUGCGCCCACUGCCCGGCCCGGCCGACGGCAUGGCCACCGUGCUCCGCUCACCCCGCACCUGCGCUUCACCCAGCAAGAUGACCAGCAGCAUCGUGAUCACCCCCGCCAGCACCUCGCCCACCAGGACCACACCAGCAGCGACAGCACAGGAGGGGUCAGCACCUCGACCUGCACCUACUCGCAUCCCCAUGUCAAAAGAGAGCAUCGUCAUUCAUCAGGUGCGGAUAAUAACAUCAACAUGAUGGACGUUCUAACUGGUGGAAGCCUCACGCUGCUGCCUGUGAUUUUUAUUGCACUGUGUUACUACUGCUGGCUGAGUGAAACACCACCCUGGGCUGCAGCCUCCAAGGUCUAGUUUUGUAUGCUACUGAUCACAUUGGGAGUCACUGUAAUCAAAACCUGCAUAAUUUUUUUUGAAGAAAAUGUAUUUUAGUUGAUAUUUAAACAAAUAAUCCAUCAUUGCUCCCAUGCUAGUAAGAAGAGCAAUUGAUGCACUGUGCCAGAAUCUAGCUCUAGAAGUGAUCCACCAAAGAGAAAGUGUAUUUAAAAAAUCUUUUAAAUAUUUGUCCAUGGAAAAUGAUACCAUGGUUUGAAAUCAACAUUGCACAAUGUUCUCCUAUUACUGUGACAGGUUAGUAUCGCUUUUAAACACAAAGAUCUGUUAUUCUAAUAUUAUUUUACAAUGGCCACGUAAUGUAUUUUUUCACUUUCGAUCAACCUUUAUCUUCCAGGGCAUCUUUUGCUAAUUGAUAUGAAUAACUUUGGUUCUGUAAUGGCACCACAGCACCUUUUGUUUACUAAAACAUAUGUCCACCUGCCCUGUAAAUUCUGAAAGCCCUUUUGAAUUUUUAAUAUGAUGACAAUCUAUUGAUUUUCAUGAGCUUUAUUUUUGUUUGAAGUGCACUUCCCAGUUGCAGUGAUGUUUCUGGACUUGGAAGAGUGGUCAGAUUGACUGGUUAACACUGUGCUGCCUGGUUUACUACUUGUAAAGUUAUAAUGUAAAAUAAUCUACAAGAUGUGAUUUUUAUUUUGUAAUUGACUCCAUCAUGGCUAAAAUAUAUCUUUCAAUUACCAAGCCAUGGAUGUGCCUUAUCCUAAGGGAUGGUUUUUAAAUAUGUUACCACCCUAUCACUGUGGUUUUAAAAAUCUGCAGUUAACUCUGUCUGACUCCAAGUGCAAUUACACAUUUUAAACAAUUAAAGUCUGUAUAUUUAAUUGA